AUGGAGAGCAAGAUGGUGAUUGUUUUUGGUUUGGUUGUAUCAAUGUUCUUGCAAAGUGUGGCAGCACAAAAAGUUCACGAGGUGGGAGAUAGCAUAGGUUGGACCAUUCCACCAUCUGGCGGCGCCCAAGCGUACCUCACUUGGGCUGGUAACAAUAAGUUCGUGGUUGGCGAUAUUCUGUUUUUCAACUUCACCACCACCGCACACGAUGUACUACAAGUACCCAAAGCAUCAUUCGACUCAUGCAGUUCGGACAACGCAAUCGGCUCUACCAUCACAACUGGCCCGGCAAACGUCACGCUCACCUCAGCCGGCGAGCACUACUUCAUCUGCACUUUGGGCUCCCAUUGCCAGUUAGGGCAGAAGCUGGCAAUCACCGUCUCAGGCUCAGCUACCGCCCCAGGAGCCUCACCACCUUCUGUGCCUCCUCCACCUCCUGCUGCUAACUCUCCUCCUACUACACCUUCUCCGACAUCAAACGACCCUGCUGCUUGUCCUCCUCCAGUGGCAGCACCAUCACCUUCCUCCACUGACCCCAAUGUGAACACCCCUCCACCGCCCCCACCGGCUUCUUCAUCCGGGGCUGUUUUCGCUAGUUUCUUUUUGUCGUCCUUGGCUCUUGUCAUGGGUUUGUUCUUUUGA